AACUUUGAAAUGAAUCUCAUCAGAAUUUUAUGGAGGCACCGAGGCAAGCAUUAUACUUAUACUGGGAUUUUCAACUUACAAGGCCAUAAUGUUGCAGAAAUUGCGAAAAGAUUUACAGUCCAAUCCAGGUUCUCACCCAUUUGAUGAGGCACACAUGAAUGGAAACAUGGACAUGAUUUCUCAGUUGCCAGAACCCAUCAUUCAUGACAUACUCUCUUGGCUCCCCAACAAAGACUCAGCAAGAACUUGUGUCCUCUCCAAAACUUGGAGAUAUUUGUAUGCUACCAAACCCAUCAUGGUUUUCAAUCACUUUGAGUUUGAUCCACAAAUUGAUGGCCAUAGUUUUAUAUCAAGAGGCAUCAUCAGAAGACCUUUUCUUUUGGCCAAAACAUACUCAGAGAAAAAAGAGUUGUUCAUGAACUAUGUGCAGAGUUCUUUGAAACGUUUCUUCCAUCAACAGCAACAUCUUCCACGGCUGAGAAAAUUUGAUUUAACAGUCUGCACUUAUGAUGACAAAACUGAACAAGAGUUUGGCCACAUAGGUGAGUGGUUGCAUGAUGUGAUUCAUAAUGGAACUGAUACUAUAUGUCUUAAGAUUAUGUCAUAUCAUGAUGCCCCUUACCCUUUGCCUCAUUUCAUUCUUUCUUCUAAGAUGCUGCAAGAAUUGUGUUUGUCUGGGUCCCUUUUGCUCUUUGCUGGUAGGGAUAUCAGUCUUCCUUCUCUUCGUGUACUUUCCCUUUGUAAUGUUCAUCAUGUCAAUGAUGAUUUGGUCAAACAUUUUUUCAGUGGUUGUCCUUUAGUGGAGGUAUUGAGGAUCCAAGGUUGCAAAAACUUAGUUGAUCUUCAAGCUUCAUGUCUCUCCAGGCUUGUAGAACUUGCCUUAGAUUCCUGCAGCUUUGUUAGAACGGUUGAAGUUGGUUCACUAAAUUUUAAAUCUUUCUCUUACUCUCGUAGCAAAACCCCACCUAACAUUACAUUGUUGGGAGCUUCCAAAACUUUGACAAAGUUGAAGAUGGAAAUUUGUGGUAUUGGACAUCAGAGUCCAUUUCAUCAGCUGUCCGAAUUCGUUCAGCUUGAGGAAUUGGUUCUGGAACAUGUUGAUACUGGGAAAGUCCCUAUGAAGAUUUCUAGCAAAAGUCUCAAGAGGUUGGUCAUUAGAAGCUUGCUCAAUAUGAAACAUGUGGUAGAGAUUGAAUGUCCUAAUAUUACUGCAAUGGAAUAUACAUCCAACUUACUGCCAUUCAAUUCUCUGAGCCCUUUGAAUCCAGAACAUUUUAGACUUGAAUUCCAUCUUGUAUUCCAACAUGUUGUUUGGUUGGAUGCCUUGAAGAUAAUAUUUGAAAAUGGUUUUACUUUUACCAAAUACCCAAUGGCCUGUCUUGUACUGAAAGACCAUAAGGAAGUGAUAAUUCUGGAUCUAGAUGGUGUGUUGAUUGAAGUGAUGCUUUCUUUUCUCAAUCGAGUUGAGGAUUUGGAGUCUACAUCAAGCAUAAUUAUAAAAUCAGGUUUUGUAGAUGUGAAGAAUGAAAUUUUGACUCCCAUGCCUCCACAUAUGGCAUUUAAUGUGGAAUCAUCUUGGACUAGCAACUUCACACAGGUCUUUUUAGAAAAAUUAUCAAGGAAAAUGGAGUCUUGUAGCUGCUUUGUGGAGAGGGACACCAACAUUGUAAAUAUUCCCUGUGUAUUGAGGCAAUUCCUAUCUUCAUCAUACCAAAUACAUAGAUUUGUUUCAAAAUGGGAUUGGAAAAUUUGAUAAUGUUUGUUGUUGGACAAUGCCCCUCAUGUUCCAAAGAUCGGUUCCAAGACUCUCUAUAUCUACUAUAGAGAGGAAACAUAACCACACGACGGAAGGCUCUGCAAUGAUGGAGGAGACCAUGGAUCUGUUGUGGUGUAAUGAGGUUCUGUUAUUUCUGUUUCCCUUUUUAUGUUUUAAUUAGUUAGUUGAAACUCUCAUUCUUCAGGAAGUUUCAUUUAUGCAGCAUACUUAGCUGAACACAUUGUAAGCAUGAGCAUUCAUUGUUGAAUCAAUCAAUUCAGAUUCUUUCUUCUUCUA